GUGUGUGUGUGUGUGUGUGUAUGUAUAAGCUACAUAUAGUAUGUAUUGAAUGUUGUGUGUGCUGCUUAUGUAUGGUGCAGACAUUUUAUUUUGUAUUUGUUGCUAUAAUUGUGGUUAUUGCCUUAUUAUAAGCAUUUUCUUUUCUCUUUUUUUCUGUGUAACUGUUCAGAUGCAGCGAAAUUUAGUGUCUGUCUGUUCAUGUUUGUCUAUGAGGCAUGUACUGUAAGCACAAAUAAUAUUGAGUCUCAGUUUAAUUCUACCCAACAGAGUGUGUGUGUGUGUGUGUGUGUGUGUGUGUGUGUGUGUGUGUGUGUGUGUGUGUGUGUGUGUGCGCCCGUGCACAUGCGCUUGCGUGUUUGUGCGUGUGUGGACUGUCUCUGCACAUCUCCAUCAUCUUCACUCUGUGGGAACCUGGCCUCUGCUCUGAGCUACAGGCUUGUUUUUUUGUAACGGAAAUGUCAUACAAGCAUAUUUAUGUUAAAAUGAAAGUCCUUUAUAUGUAUAUAAGAUAAUGUUCAUUAUUUGGUGGCACAUUUUUGUUGUGUCAGGAUUUGUUAAUGCAGAUAUUUGUUUGGGUAAUAUCUUCCUGCCCUUUUCGAGAGAAUCUGUGGCAUUCAACAAGAGGUGAUCAAUGCCGAGAAAGAUGUUGAAUGGUACAUUUCCACAUCAUGCUUUUUACACUGUGACUAAUCCCUUCUCCUUCUCCCCUGGUCUACUCUCUGUCUGCCAUUUCUUUCUCUCGUCACUUCUCUCCCUUAUGUCCUCCUCUCUUUGCCAUUCCCCCAUCCUCUCUUUCUUUCCAUGCCUCUGCCAUCGUCCUCAGGCUCAUCCAGCUCUCAAAGCCUUUUUGUGUGGCUCUCUCAGCGGCACCUGCUCUACACUACUCUUCCAGCCUUUGGAUCUGGUCAAGACACGGCUGCAGACCCUACAGAACAAUGCCAAACUGGGUGCACCAAAGGUGGGGAUGUUCAACGUUUUAAUCAACGUUAUCAGGACAGAGAAUUUCUUCGGUCUGUGGAAGGGAGUUUCACCAUCAUUUGUGCGCUGCAUCCCUGGGGUGGGCAUCUACUUCAGCACCUUCUACUCCCUAAAGCAGCACUACUUCCUAGAGCGGGCACCCAACGCUGGCGAGGCUGUUCUGCUUGGAGCGGGUGCCAGAACUGUUGCUGGCGUCUGCAUGCUGCCAUUCACAGUCAUCAAGACACGCUUUGAGAGUGGCUGUUACAACUAUGUGAGUGUGGCAGGGGCUCUGAGGAGUGUGUAUGAGACGGAGGGAAUCAGGGCCCUGUUCUCAGGGCUGACUGCCACGCUGCUCCGAGAUGCUCCGUUCUCCGGCAUCUACGUCAUGUUCUACAGCCAGGCCAAGAAGGCGAUGCCUCAAGAGGUAACUUCGUCGCCCUAUGCUCCGCUGGUGAACUUUAGCUGUGGGGUGGUGGCAGGUGUCAUGGCGUCGCUGGCCACACAGCCAGCGGAUGUCGUGAAGACCCAUAUUCAAAUCAGCCCAUCCCACUGGAGCACAAGAGAUGCUGUCCGCUACAUCUACAUGGAGCACGGCAUGGGCGGGUUUUUCCGUGGGGCUGUACCCAGGUCUCUGAGACGCACUCUGAUGGCUGCCAUGGCUUGGACUGUCUACGAACAGCUGAUGGCAAGAAUGGGCCUCAAAUCCUGAAGAGCACAAGGGGUUGAGCCACAAUAAUGAAAUAUGAGGGGAUUAGGAUGUACAUUUGCUUCUCACUGAAAGCCCCAUGAAAGAAGAAAAGGGAGCCGACGAGCUGUGAACCAGCACUACCAAGAUUUUGAGACCAGGUGGAUAAAUGUAAAAGUGUGUGUGUGUGUGUGUGUGUGUGUGUGUGUGUGUGUGUGUGUGUGUGUGUGUGUGUAGUCAGUAGUCUGUGAGGGUGUUUGUUCUCCAGCACCAAUCCGCGUACAGUCUUUCUGUCUUUCAGCUUACAUAAGCAUUACCUCUCUGUCUAGCUCUAAGAACCAGACACACACUCUGUUUUGUUUUGUUGGUGUUGUCUUUUUAGCUAAAGCCGCCUUUAACACCGUCACAUUAAGCAAAUAUGAGAAAGGUUUAACACUUCCGUAUGUGUGUGUGUGUUAUUGAAAUGUUUAUGAAAAUGUGCCAGUUUGUGUCUGUAAGUCUAUAGUGACACUCCCUGCGGUGAAGUGAACUUACUCCUCCUGUGACUGUUUAUGUUUGGACAUCCUGAGGUCUGGCUGCCGAGGGUAUGUGACUGUGCUGGGCAGCAUUGUUUCCUUUGACAAGGUAUUUCAAAAUGCUGUCAAUACAAACGGGACUCUCAGCGAGCUGGUGUUCCGUACAUCUGCUGAGGUAACCAAAAGCAAAGCACUGCAGCAAAAGAAACUCUGGCUUCUGCCAUAUUUACAAAACUUGCCUAAGAUUGAGCAAUGCUUCUUACUUGCCAAUAACAAGCAUACUUUAUCUGCUUCUAUAUCUAAUUUGUUGCAGGCUCA